GUGUGGAGCUGAGUGUGGUGAGGGUGGUUCCUGCAGCUCUGAGGAGCUUUUCUCUGCAGCACAGCCAGAAAGCAGAGAGGGAGGCUUGGGCACAGCUUCAGCUACCUCCAGGGCUGAGGAACCAAGCCAGCAUGAAGGAGACACAGGGUGCUAAG